ACACGGGCGGGGCGGGGGAGCGGCCGGAACAGAGCGGGCACGGGCGGGGCUCUCCGGUUCUCCCUGCUUCGCCCCGGCGGUUCCGAGGCGCCAUGUCGAAGCCACGGGCCGGCUCUGACUCGUCAGACUGCCCUGACCCGCUGCAGGAUGUCCAGCACCUGACCUCGCCGACCACCCCGCUCAUCGCCGCCAGCCUGCGCCUCGGGGCGGCCGCGGAGCCCUCGCCGGGCCCGGGGGUGCUCAGCGGGCUGCAGCCCGGGCCCGCCAGACCCAGCACCUGCACGCCGCUGCCGUUCCCGAGCCACGGGCGGGUCCCAGAGUCGCGGGCGGGCGACUGCGAUGUCGCUGCUGCCCCUGGCCCGGCCCCAGAGGAGCUCGGGUGCCUCCCGCGGCCGGCGGCGGCCCCAGCGCCCGCCCCGCUGUGUCCCGGCAGGUUCGGCGCGGCUCCGGACGGGCCUCCGGCGGCGGCCCCGGCACCCGUGCCCGCUGCCCGCACUGCGGCCGCGCCGGGCUCGCUCUGCCCCGCGCACGGGCCUGGCUGGCGCUGCAGCUCCCCGCGGCCAGCACAGGGCGCGGUGCCCGGGAAUCGCGGCUCCUCCGGCCCCCAGGUUAACCUGCAUGUACAAUACCCAGGGACCAGGCUGAAGCCGACAUCGCCUGCCAGGUCCAGGCUUCAAUUUGCCAGCGGGGCCUUGAAGCAGGCACAGCCUUCUGGAAAUCCCAAACUCGCCUCCCAGGACAGAGAGAUGAAAACUGCUGCCAAGGUUGGGAGUCAUAAACAACCCUCCUCGAGGCUCUCUACAGGAAUCCCUAUCAUGGCUUCCCGCUCCUCACUGCAGCCUUCAGAAAAAGUGAUUCCAUCCAAGCGUUUUUGCCUAAAUAAAGGAUCAACUACACAGGAGCUGGUGUACAACAGGAACCAAGAGCUGAAGGAAAAUAGUGAGAGCAAUGAACGGCUAGUUGCAGCAAGCAUUGUCUUGGGAGCAGGUGAACAGUAUGGAGAUAUAAAUGACCAGACAUGGGUGUGUGCAAAGUCCUCUUUGUCCAGUGAGUUGGCCCCUGGCCUGACUUCAUGGUGUGAAGAUACAGUCCCUGCUGAGCAGUCUGCAGGUGAUCAGCUGUCCAAGGAGCUCGAGCGCGUGAAGCAAGAGCUGGAACAAGUGAAGGGUGAGCUUGCUGAGAAGACUGCCCAGUGUAAAACCUAUCAGCAGACAAUCUCCUCCUUGGAGGCUCAGCUCAGAGCAGCAGGAAUGAUUCCUGCUUUCAUACAGGAAUCCAUCUGAAAGAUGCAGCAGUGUUCAACGGUGGUGACCUGGGGAGAGACUUGACAGCUGGGACAUGGGGACAGACAACAGCCAUUGUCCAGAUGUGUGAGCCUCUGGGCUACUGAUAAAUGCGGAGCUCUGGAAUGAAUUCAUUUUCAACUCCUUGCAUGUAAAAUAAAGGUGUCUUUUGCA